AUGAUUCGUGGAAAGAUUUUUAUAUAUGUCCUACUUGUUACAUUUGUAAUUCAAGCUCAAAUUUCCGUUGGAUAUCCAACAAAUCCUGAUAAUCUACAAGAAUUAUUAAAACAAGCAUUGGAAGUUAAUUAUUGUGCACGUAUGGUACCAGUUAUGAAACCAAUUCCAAUACGUUUUCGUCGUUCGACAAAUAAAAAUCAAUUUCAAUGCAUUAUCACAUUGGAUUGA